AGCAUCUUGGGAUGCUUAGGGUAACCCUGAAGAUGCUUUGUGCUGUGCGAGAGGUCAUCGAGCCGUCCGCGUCCCGACAAGUGUGAGAAUGCUCAAACAGCGUGCAGAGAAGGGGCGAGGUGGUGUCUGUCUGUCUGUCUCUCUCUCUCUCCCUCCCCUCACUCCAGAAAGGUAUGAGGGCCACUUGUUCUGAAAUUAUUCUGAGGCAAGAAUUUUUGAAAGAUGGUUUCCACAGAGACCUUUUAAUAAAAGUGAAAUUUGGAGAGAGCAUUGAGAACUUACAAACCUGCCGGCUCUUAAUUAAACAUUCCAUUCCAUCAGGACUUUUUGUGGAUCCAUAUGAGUUGGCUUCAUUACAAGAGAAAAACAUAACAGAGGCAGUGAUGGUAUCAGAAAGUUUUAAUAUAGAAGCCCCCAACUAUUUGUCCAAAGAAUCUGAAGUCCUCAUUUAUGCCCGGCAAGAUGCACAGUGCAUUGAUUGCUUCCAAGCCCUUUUGCCUGUGCACUACCGCUAUCACCGGCCGCACAGGAAAGAUGGAGACACCCUUAUCGUGGUCAACAACCCUGACUUACUGAUGUACUGUGACCAAGAGUUCCCAAUUUUCAGAUGCUGGGCUCAGUCAGAAAUAGCAGCUCCCUGUGCUUUGAAGAGUGAGGAGACCUGCCAAUGGAGGAACAUGCAGUAUCAACCAAUACUUAAGAAUUUGACCCUACAAGUGCCAGUGGGGCUCACUAUACAUACGUCUUUAGUGUGCUCUGUGACUCUGCUCAUUACGAUCCUGUGUUCCACUUUGAUCCUUGUAGCUGUUUUCAAAUAUGGCCAUUUUUCCCUGUAAGUUUUAUGCAGUUAAAUGUUUCCUAUGAACCUAAUAAAUGAGCCCUAUUCAUUUGUGACAAGAA